AUGUACACUUUUCAACCAGAAGUACGUCUCGUAAAUGGCUCCAACCAUGCUAAAGGAAGAGUGGAGUUCUUGUAUAGUGAAUCCUGGCGAACUGUCUGUGGUGCCUCGUGGGAUCUAAGAGAUGUAAGAGUGGUUUGCAGAAUACUGGGGUUCGACGGUGCCCUGGCUGCGUCACGAUCAGCAAGGUUUGGUCAGGGUGCUGGUGAUGUUCUUCGUGUCGAUUGCUGGGGAACAGAAGACAGCCUGGCCGACUGUCCAUACUUUGGGGCCAGCAUUCCGUGUGGACAUCACAUGGACGCAGCCCAUCCGAACCCAUUCCAAGUUCGGCUUGUCAAUGGAUCGGACAGUGCUAAAGGCAGGGUAGAGGUCUUGCGGGACGGAUCAUGGGGAACUGUUUGUGGUGUUGGCUGGGAUCUGAGAGAUGCGAGGGUAGUCUGCAGGAUGCUGGGGUUUGAUGGAGCAUUGGACGCACCGGGGUCUGCAAGGUUUGGUCAGGGCUCUGUUCGUAUUCUACUAGAUAGGGUCAACUGUGACGGAACAGAAGACAACCUUGCAGAAUGUGGUUAUUCCGGGAAUGCACGUUACUCAUGCAGUCAUACAAGUGAUGCAGGUGCCAUGUGUUACUCAGGAGACCCAUUUAAAGUACGUCUUGUCGGUGGGUCUAACGAUGCUGAAGGCAGAGUAGAACUCAUGCAUGGUAGAUCCUGGGGAACUAUAUGUGACGACAGCUGGGAUCUGAGAGACGCGAGGGUGGUUUGUAGAAUGCUGGGGUUUGGUGGAGCCUUGGACGCACCGGGAUCUGCUAGGUUUGGUCAGGGCUCUGGUCGUAUUAUUCUAGAUGUCGUCGGAUGUGACGGAACAGAAGUAAACGUAGCAGAAUGUAUUCAUCGAGGGAUUGGAGUACAUUACUGUGGACAUGAUGAAGAUGCGGGCGCUAUUUGUUACAAUGGAGCCCAUCCAAAUCCUCUCGGAAUAAGGCUCGUCGAUGGAUCCAGCAAAGCUGAAGGAAGAGUGGAGGUCUUCUACGAUGGGUCCUGGGGAACUAUCUGUGAUAAUGGCUGGGAUCUCAGAGACGCGAGGGUCGUCUGCAGAAUGCUGGGGUUUGAGGGAGCCUUGGACGCACCGACAUCUGCAAGGUUCGGUCAGGGAUCUGGGGAUAUACUUCUCAAUCUUGUUGGUUGUGACGGAACAGAGGGAAAUCUUGCGGACUGUGCACAUCUUGGGUUAGGUGUCAAUUACUGCGGACAUGAAGAGGAUGCUGGUGCCAUCUGUUACUCGGGAGCCCAUCCAAACUCUGUUGGAUUAAGGCUCGUGGGUGGAUCCAACAGUACUGAAGGCAGAGUGGAGAUCAGAUACAACGGCACCUGGGGAACAGUUUGCGACGAUGGCUGGGAUUUGCAAGAUGCAAAUGUCGUAUGCAGAAUGCUAGGAUUCGGCAACGCCUCGACUGCCCCAGGUUCAGCCCAGUUUGGCGAGGGGAACGAAGACAUUUUUCUGUCUCAUGUCGGGUGCGAUGGAACGGAAGACAAUCUUGCGGACUGCGCACAUCUAGGGUUUGGAGUGCACAACUGCCAACAUAACGAAGACGCUGGGGUCACGUGUCUCAUAGGAGCAACUGAUGAUGACGUGAAAGCAGAUCUGAAUCUCUCGCAAUACAUCACAAAAGGAGAACCACAUAAAUACAUGGACAUGAAUACCGUUUAUGAAACACCUGGCAAUGAAAAAGACUUUGAUCUCGAUGGAUAUAUCCUUCCGACCAGGGAUGCAUUAUCGGAUGAUAGAGUGACAGCAACGGCUGAUCAAUUUCGUGACGAUAAAUCGUAUAAUCAUGAGUAUACCGACAUGAAAACUGUCUACCAAACGCCCUCAGCGGGGAAAGAUGUGGACCUUGAUGGAUAUCUUCUCCCUUGA